UAACGACAAUUAUGAAGUUUGAAGGUCAUCUACCGAUAUGUGAGAUAUAUAUAAAUUGAACUGAAGUAAAAUUGUAGUACGUAGUAGUAGCAACUAGCAAAAUGAACACUUUGCUCGUCACUUUGUUCGCCCUUGUGGCCGCAGUCUCUGCCGUUCCAUCAGGUAUCGGUCUUGGACUUGGUCAUGGAGCCGUUUUAGCCGGAGGUAUUGCACCUGGCGCCCUUCUGGCCGGUCCCGUGAAUCCCGGGGCGACCAUCGUAGGACCCGUCAAUCCGGGAGCGGUGCUUGCCGGACCUGUAAAUCACGGAGCUACCCUCGCCGGUCCAGUCAACGGUGGAGCCGCCCUCGUAGGACCAGUCAACGGUGGAGCCGCUCUCGUAGGACCCGUUAACCAUGGAGCCACCCUUGUAGGACCCGUGAACGCUGGUGCCGCCAUUGCCGGACCAAUUGCCGGAGCUGGUUUGAUCGGAGCUGGUUUGGCCGGUCCCGCCAUCGGUCUUGGAGGUGCCAUCGGUCUUGGUGGUGCUGGUUUGAUCACCAAUGGAGGUGGAGCUAUUGCAGUAAGUGGACACGGUGCUGCUGUGAGGGGACCACCAACUGCCCCUGUUACCAUUGCUGGACCUGCUGGUGCCGUACAUGCUGCCGGUUUGUGGGGACCAACUCUCGCCGGACUUCACGGUGCUGCUGGCGGACAUGGAGGUCAUGGAUGGUAAACCACCAGAUUAUAAAAAUUUCAAGAAAUCUCAUGACUGUGCUUAACAAAAAUCACUGCUUCUGUUUAGGACAACGACUUUGUACAUUUAGUGUAUAUACGUAUGUUAAUUUAUGACUGCAAAUGUAAAGUGUUCAACAAAUAAAUAAAAAGAGAAUAUAUGCA